UCUCUAUUCUCUUUCUUUUCUCUUUUGUUCUUUCAUUCUCCCCCCACCCUUUUAAUCUUCCAUUUCUUUUGGGGGGGAGUUGUUGUUUGUUAAUUUCAUGUUUUUAACAUAUUGGUGGUGGAUGAAGAUAGAUGGAGACUCCUCAAGAAGAAGUGGUAGGGGUCUCUAAGGACCUAUCCCACAUUGUUAAGGGCAAGCGCACUAAACGUCUUAGGCCUCAAUCUCCCAUCCCUUUCACCAUCGCCGCGCAUUCAUCAACUGAUGAUGAUGGCGGAGAUGGUAGAGAGAUCACCAUCAUUAACAACAAUAACAAUAACGACAAUAAUAUUAGUCAGCCUCUUGCCACUUCAGCUGAAAACUUCCCUGAUGAGGAUGUCCCCACCGAGGAGGAAGAAGAAACGGCCAAGUGUCUAAUCCUCUUGUCUCAAGGUGGUCAUCCUUCUUCUCGUCAAAGAUUUAUAGAGUCUCCACCUAGCAAAUUGUUCAAUCUUUUCAAUGAUGACAUGGGGUUGUACCAAAGCAAAUUCAACAGCAAAAGGUAUGUCGAAACGACCAACAUUGGAAAUGGUGCCAAGGCGGGGACAUAUGUGUACGAAUGCAAGACAUGUAAUCGUACAUUCCCAUCAUUCCAAGCCUUAGGUGGACAUAGAGCAAGUCAUAAAAAACCAAAACCACUAACCAUAGAACCAAAAAAAACAUUCUUCCAUUUUUCAGACCAAGAUGAGCCCUCACCACCAACAAAUUACAAACAUAACAACAACAUCAACAAAUUGUCACCAUUAUCUCCUCUUUCAACCCAAUUCAGCAAUUUUAAUAUGGAAAGUCCAAAUAACAAAUCUUCUCCUAGAAUCCACACAUGUUCAUAUUGUGGUGCAGAAUUUAACUCAGGACAAGCUUUAGGUGGUCACAUGAGACGACAUAGAGGGGGUGCUAAUACAUCUUUGUGUUUAAGUCCAUUAAAUACUCAAGCAAUUUCCUUUGAAGAAUCUCCAAAUAAUUUGAAGAAACCAAGAAAUGUUGGGUUGUCAUUAGAUCUAAAUCUUCCAGCUCCAGAAGAUCAAAAUCAUCAAUCAAGAAAUUUUCAGUAUCCACCAAAAUAUCCAGUUGCUAUAGAGCAACAACAAGAUCAAGAACAAACACAAAAGCAACAGCAACAGCAACAACAGGAACAAACAGCUCUUGUUUUGUCCACCACCCCACAACUAAUUGAUUGUCAUUAUUGACAAUGGUUCAAUUCUUUUUUUUUUCCUUCUCUCUCUCAACCCAAAUUAUAUUAAUUUAUACACGAACAUUCACGAUUAUAGAUGGACAUUGUUAAAAGGUAUAUGAUAGUCACCACCAUUCUUUCAUCUCUUACAAUUUCAUACAUUGCUAACUAGAGUUGUACUAAAAUUUAAUGUA